UGACUGUGACCCCAAUGUGACCCACCCCUGCGCUCUCUCUCCAGCCUUCAGUCGCUGCUUCCCCGAUUUCAGCACAACUGCCCUGAGCAACUUCACCCUCCCGGGCCGGACGCCCAACGAGACCAAGGAGCUGAUCUCGUCCGGAGCCCAGCAGAUCGUGAAGUCUCUGAACGCCAAGGACAUCGGGAUGAAGAUCUUCGAGGAUUUUGCCAGCAGCUGGUACUGGAUCCUCAUCGGGCUGCUGAUCGCCAUGGUGCUGAGCCUUCUCUUCCUGCUGCUGCUGCGGCUGGUGGCCGGGGUGCUGGUCUGGGUGCUGAUCCUGGGGGUGCUGGCGGUCACGGCCUACGGGAUCUACCACUGCUGGCGGGAGUACAGCACCUUGCGCACGGCUGGCGCCACCAUCAGCAACGUCGGCUUCACUACCAACCUCAGCGUCUACUCCAAUGUGCAGGAGACGUGGCUGGCGGCCCUGAUAAUCUUGGCUGUGGUGGAAGGUGUCCUCCUCCUUCUCCUCAUCUUCCUCCGCAAACGCAUCCUCAUCGCCAUUGCCCUCAUCCAGGAGUCCAGCCGAGCCAUCGGCUACAUGAUGUCCACCCUGUUCUACCCUCUGGUCACUUUCCUCCUGCUGCUCAUCUGUGUGGCCUAUUGGGCCAUGACGGCUCUCUAUCUGGCCACGUCCGGGACUCCCUUGUAUCGUGUCACCAGCAGCAAUUCCAGCGACCCCAGGUGCUCCGGCAUCUCGGGCAACGAGACCUGCAACCCCCUGACGUUCAACGCCUCCCGCUACCAGCCCUGCCCGGCCGCCGGCUGCACCUUCUACAAGUACCAGGCCGAGGGGCUCUACCAGCGCAACCUCUUCAACCUGCAGCUCUACAACGUGCUGGGGCUGCUGUGGGCGGCCAACUUUGCGCUGGCGCUGGGGCAGUGCGUGCUGGCCGGCGCCUUCGCCUCCUACUACUGGGCACGGGACAAGCCCCGCGACGUGCCCGCCUGCGCCGUGGGGAGCGCCUUCCUGCGCACGCUGCGGUACCACACGGGGUCGCUGGCUUUCGGGGCCCUGAUCCUCACCAUCGUCCAGCUGAUCCGCAUCCUCCUGGAAUACCUGGACCACAAACUCAAAGGAGCGCAGAACCCCUUCACUCGCUGCCUGCUUUGCUGCCUGAAAUGCUGCUUCUGGUGCCUGGAGAAAUUCAUCAAAUUCCUCAACAGGAACGCCUACAUCAUGAUCGCAAUCUACGGGAAGAAUUUCUGCACCUCCGCCAAGAACGCCUUCAAACUGCUUAUGCGCAACAUCGUCAGGGUGGUGGUGCUGGACAAGGUGACUGACCUGCUGCUGCUCUUUGGGAAGCUGCUGGUGGUGGGGGGCGUCGGGGUCCUGGGGUUCUUCUUCUUCUCGGGCCAGAUCCAGAUCUCCGACCCCCAGUUCCGCUCACCCUCCCUCAACUACUACUGGCUGCCCAUCCUGACGGUGGUGGUGGGCGCCUACCUGAUCGCCCAGGGCUUCUUCAGCGUCUACAGCAUGUGUGUGGACACCCUCUUCCUCUGCUUCCUGGAGGACCUGGAGCGGAACGACGGCUCAGUGGAGAAGCCGUACUACAUGUCGUCCUCCCUCAUGAAGAUCCUCAACAAGAAGAACAAGAAGGCGGAGACGAAAUAGCCCCCCCCAAGUGUGCGGCGCUGCCCCUCCCCCAUCACUCCAUUUCCUGUUGGGGGGCCCCCCAUUCGCCCCCCUGCCCGGUGGCCCUCUUGCAUUGCAGGUUCCUUCCCUUCGCGGGCAUCACUUCCUGUGGGCCAUAUCUUAGCGUAGGCCUGCUCCCCUCCCCCCCCAUUGCCAACCUCCCGCUCGAUGGCGUCACUUCCUGUGGGCCAUAUUGUAGAGUAGGCCUGCUCCCCUCCCCCCCCAUUGCCAACCUCCCGCUCGAUGGCGUCACUUCCUGUGGGCCAUAUUGUAGCGUAGGCCUGCUCCCCUCCCCCCCCAUUGCCAACCUUCCCCUUGAUGGUGUCACUUCCUGUGGGCCAUAUUGUAGUGUAGGCCUGCUCCCCUCCCCCCGCAUUGCCAACCCUCCCCUUGAUGGUGUCACUUCCUGGGGACCAUAUCUUAGCGUAGGCCUGCUCCCCUCCCCCCCCAUUGCCAACCUUCCCCUUGAUGGCGUCACUUCCUGUGGGCCAUAUUGUAGCGUAGGCCUGCUCCCCUCCCCCCCAUUGCCAACCUUCCCCUUGAUGGUGUCACUUCCUGUGGGCCAUAUUGUAGCGUAGGCCUGCUCCCCUCCCCCCCCAUUGCCAACCUUCCCCUUGAUGGCGUCACUUCCUGUGGGCCAUAUUGUAGCGUAGGCCUGCUCCCCUCCCCCACCAUUGCCAACCUCCCGCUCGAUGGCGUCACUUCCUGUGGGCCAUAUUGUAGAGUAGGCCUGCUCCCCUCCCCCCCUUGCCAAACUUCCCCUUGAUGGUGUCACUUCCUGUGGACCAUAUCUUAGCAUAGGCCUGCUCCCCUCCCCCCCAUUGCCAACCUUCCCCUUGAUGGCGUCACUUCCUGUGGGCCAUAUUGUAGUGUAGGCCUGUUCCCCUCCCCCACCUUGCCAACCUUCCCCUUGAUGGUGUCACUUCCUGUGGACCAUAUUGUAGCGUAGGCCUGCUCCCCUCCCCCACCAUUGCCAACCUCCGCUCAAUGGUGUCACUUCCUGUGGGCCAUAUUGUAGUGUAGGCCUGCUCCCCUCCCCCCCCUUGCCAACCUUCCCCUUGAUGGUGUCACUUCCUGUGGGCCAUAUUGUAGCCUGGGCCUGCUGCUUAAGUGACUGCAGCCAAGCUCUGUCACAUUAGCUCCACUUCCUGUCGGCCAUUUUACUCGGGGGGCCUGGGCUGUACUCCAGGCUGCCGCCUCCACGUCGUGUGCCAUCCCCCCCAUUUUACUUCUCCAACCCCCACAUCCUCCACUCCCAGGCCCACUUCCUGUCUGUAAGUGUGUCACUUCCUGUCCAUGGCCAAUCCAGGCCAUGCCACAUACUGUAGGAAUUACCAUAAUCAAGAGCCAUCUCCCCUAUAUACCAACACCCCCCUUCCCCCUGAAAUCUCUCCCCCCCACUGUACCUAGAACCUCUCAGGGUGUCUCUCCACAGAGAGCAGGGCAUUAUGUAGGAAGGAGAAGAGAUUUUAUUAAAGAUUUAUU